AUGGGGUGCAGGUGCUGCAAAAUGAUACAAAGCUAUAUUUUUGAUCCAGAAGAAGUACAAUCGCCUGGAUGCAUUCAUGAAGUAAACAGCUACAAACGCAAUGAGCAAGGCAGCAAUAAAGCCAAAUUCAAAGAGAACAGUGAAAUUCAAGAACACAAAAGUGAAUUCCAGAAAGAUGAGCUAAACAGAACAGAAAAUAAACCCCAGGUAAAUAGCACAAAAAACCCUCUCUGCAACCACAAAAGCAAUGAUUUUCAAGAGGAUGGCCUUGUGAAGUGUGUUGCAAAGCUCGAUGUUGCAGCCAAUGGUGGCAGUUCCUGCACUGGAGCGCACCCCAUGCUCAAUCCCAACACAAACCCAGUGAAAGAAGCCAGUGAACAGGGACCCUCCAGCCAGUCAGCAGAGUCUCCUUCAGCCAGCAACAGAGACUUACACACCAAAUUAAAUAGGUCUGGCCAAGAGCUUGACCUAGAGGCAGGCAGUCAGAGGAAGGCAGCCUGCAGUGAGCCAAACAGUAUUCAAGAUGGGAAGUCCUGGUCUGCAGACGACAGCAUCUUUCUCAAAGGAAGUGCAAUACUGGAAACACAAAACAAUGCCAUACAACUGCCAGAUGGUGAUUAUCCCCAAAAUGGCAAUCAAACCAGGAACUAUGUUGAAAAAGAUAGUUUUUCAGUCAACUGUGCACAUUCAGAUCAAAACACUGUGCCUUCAGCAGUACAGGACCAGAACCUUUGUGUAACUCCAUCUUUGCCUAUGCAGGAGAGCAGUAUUGAACCUUUUAAAACUGACUCUGCAAAUUUGAGUGAGGGCACAAUGGCUGUAGCACAGGCACCCACACACCCCAACCACAGAGACAUCAAUGGAGAAAUUGAGGAUGAAGAUGCAGAAGUAGCAGCAGCUCUGGCUGCAUUGGAAGCUGCAACUGCAGGGGAAGACCUGGAAGAUGACUAUGAGUACUAG